AUGGCGAAUGAAUACGUUGACUCUAGAUUGCGUCUGGAGGUGCCAAGAAUGUUAUAUAAUGAGCAAUUCAGGAACUUGCGUCGUCUACUCCUAUGUUUUGAAACGGUGUCGGGAUUGAAGAUUGAUUUAAGGAAAUUUGAGGCCAUUCCAGUGGGAGAGGUUGCUAACGUGGAUGAGUUGGCCAAUAUAUUAGAUUGUAGGGUUGCGCAGUUGCCCAUGACAUACCUUGGGUUUCCUUUAGGGGCAAAGUUUAAAAGUAAACAUAUUUGGAAUGUCGAAAGGGUGGAGAAGAUGUUAGCGGGGUGGAAGCGUAUGUACCUCUCGAAGGGAGGUCACCUUACUCUCAUUAAAUCUACUUUGUCUAAUCUCCCAACUUAUUUCUUGUCACUGUUUCCUAUCCCUGGUACAAUGGAAAACAGAUUAGAGAGGAUUCAAAGGGAGUUUCUUUGGGCAGGGCUCGGGGAAGAGAGGAAAUUUCAUUUGAUUAAUUGGAGUGUGGUUUGUUCUUCUAUUAGGAUGGGGGCCUUGGAGUAA